UUUGAACUUCUUGCUCCACCUCCGCCGGUGCCCCUGUCAUACAUCCACCUCGCAGUCCGCCUGCUACUCCCCUUCGCCCCCCCAGUUCGCCGGACUCAUCCUCCUUCUCCGUCCUCCGCCGCAUUUCUCCGAUCUCCCUUCAAACACCACUGCCCAAGUCUUCGUCCAACGUGUGCCAACGGGACUACCUCCUCCUGCCUACCGGUCACUGUCGCCGGCCGGAUACGACCAUAGUCCUUAUCUUCUAUAAGGUCACAUGACCAGCAGACUUCCAGUUUGGAAUCUCCCACACAAUGUUUGCCUCAGGUUCCUCGAUUCUUAUAUCCGCUUGGGACAGUUGGACCGCGCCAGAGAUCUGUUGGAUAAAAUUCCCCACCCUCCUUUGCCCUCAUUGACCAUCUUGAUCUCAGCCUUCACAAGGCGCAACCUUCCCAAAGAAUCCAUUAGGCUUUACCAGCGGCUCCGAGAAACCAAAGACCUCAAGCCCGAUCGGCUUGUUCUUCUUUCAGUCGCGAAGGCAUGCGCCUGUUCGUUGGACCCUGUAGAAGCCAAAGGAUUGCAUGAGGAGGCUAUCAAGUUUGGUCUCGCCUCGGACCUUCUCUUAGGUAAUGCCAUGAUUAAUAUGUAUGGGAAAUGUGGAUCCCAUCAGGGUUCGAGGAAGGUGUUUGAUGAUAUGCCGAUUAAGGAUGUGAUCUCUUGGACUUCGCUCAUUUCAGCUUAUUUGACUUGUAGGAUGCCAACGGUAGCUUUAAGAGUCUUCCGUGAUAUGCUUCAUGGUGGAGUUGAUCCGAAUUCAUUCACUCUGUCUACAGCCCUUCGUGUUUGUUCAGAGUUGAAGGCCCUGGGUUUUGGAAGAGAAAUUCACAGUUUUGCACUGCGGAAGGGUUUUGAAGAUGAUGUAUUUGUAGGAAGUGGACUGGUGGAUUUGUAUGCUAAUUGCUCGAGUAUUAGACAAGCUAGGAGUAUUUUCAAUAGAGUCCCUAACAAAGAUUCAGUUUCAUGGAUCGUGAUGUUGACAGCUUAUUUUGCUGAUGGGGACUGUGAAGAGGCUAUGAAGCUCUUUGAACUGAUGAGAUAUCAAGGAGUUGCUACCAGCUCUGCUUCAUGGAAUUGCAUGAUCAGUGGGUUUGCACAGAAUGGAAUUCCUGAACAAACGAUUAGAUUGCUACAUGAGAUGCAACAUUCAGGGUUCAAGCCAAACCAUAUUACACUGAUUAGCAUGCUUCCAGUUUGUGCAUUCAUCGAGAAUCUAAGGAAAGGUAGAGAAAUCCAUGGAUACAUUUACCGCCACUGGUUUGUGGAGGAUUUAACGGUGUCAACAGCUUUGAUACUAAUGUAUGCCAAGUGUGGAGACUUGGAUAAGGCCAGGCAUGUCUUCAACCAUAUGCAUAGGAAGGACACAGUUGCAUGGAACACAAUGAUCUUGACGAAUUCAAUGCAUGGUCGCGGUGAGGAUGCAUUGUCAGUUUUCCAUCAAAUGCUCAAAUGUGGUGUCAAGCCUAAUUCAGUCACAUUUACAGUUGUUUUGACUGGCUGCAGUCAUUCACAGUUGGUUGUUGAAGGAAAGUCAAUUUUUCAUUCUAUGAGUAAGGAUCAUGGGCUUCAGCCUGAUGCCGAUCACUAUGCCUGCAUGGUAGAUGUCCUCGGCCGCUCUGGUCAUCUUGAAGAGGCAUAUGAACUGAUUCAAAACAUGCCCAUGCAACCUACGGUGGGUGCAUGGGGAGCAUUACUUGCUUCAUGCAGAGUGUAUAAGAAUGUGGAGUUAGCAAAAAUUGCUGCGGCACAUUUGUUUGAAAUCGAACCUGAGAAUCCUGGGAAUUAUGUGUUGUUGUCAAACAUACUAGUGUCCGCCAAGAUGUGGGAUGAGGCUUCCAGCGUUAGGGUUAUAAUGAGGGAUAGAAUGCGGGAUAGAGGUGUCACCAAAGUACCAGGGUGCACUUGGGUUCAAGUAAGGGACAAGGUUUACACUUUCGUCAAAGGUGAUGACAAGAACCCUCACCGAGAGGCAAUAUAUGGUUUUCUGAAAGAUAUCAGGGAGAAGAUGAGGUUUGAUGGCUAUCUUCCUGAUACUGAAUAUGUUCUGCAAGAUGUAGCUGAAGAGGAAAAAGAGGAGUUGCUGUGCAGUCACAGUGAGAAACUUGCGGUUGCAUUCGGCAUCCUAAAUGUGAACAGCGAAUCGGUCAUUCGGGUGUUCAAGAACUUGAGAAUAUGUGGAGACUGCCACAAUACUAUCAAAUUCAUGGCUAAGGUUACAGGAUUACAGAUAAUUGUGAGAGACAAUGUGAGGUUUCAUCAUUUUAGAGAUGGAAACUGUUCGUGCAAGGAUUUGUGGUGAUUUUGUAAGUUUUUUUGGCCUAAAUUAUUUUCAUAAAUGCAUUUUUUUUGGCGGAUUCACAUGUUUUUGUUACAAGAAACUAUAUGUACAUCUAGAACAACUGGUCAUAUUAAUAUGGUUCAUGUCCCCUGAUCAACUGGUUAUAAGUCAUAUGGUUCAUGUCCUCCCUAACAGCAGAGCAACAAUUAGUUUCAAGAUUGGAGUUGACAAAAGAUUUACACUGAUUAGAUGCCAAAAAGGAUUCAUUGUUUGAUGGAUGAUGAAAAAUGGCAAGAAGAAGAGAUUAGAGAUUAUACUAAAGGAAGUUAUUGAUAAGCCUCGUUAUCUCACGCAGCUGUAAACUACAUUUCCACGGAUGGUACACAGGACAUGCUCGGUUUCUCAAAUUUGGUUGUGCAUGCACCUUUUGCUCCCUUUGGACUGAACUAUUUGAGAAAUCCUAGAUGGACUGGAAAUAUCUUGCUGAGAAGAUGGCAAUUUUAGCUCUACAGACCAGUCCAUCUGUGAGGCACGGCUACCAUUACUAUCUGAUAUCACAGAGAUUUCAUCUGCCUGGUGACUCAAAUUUAUUGCUUCA